GAAGCUGCCAUUUGUUAUUCAUGUAUCGCAACACUUCAUGAAGGUCACCCCAAGAUACUUCUAGAUGAAGCUGCAAAUGAACGCAAGUUACAUGUUAAGGCUGCCAUUGAAUCUAAGAGACAAAUUACUCUCCAGAAGAGGGAAAACAUUGCCAGAAUUCAGGGUAACUGUGUGAAGAUUCUAGGUCAGAUCGAUAGCGUUAAGAAAGAUGCACAAAAGUUUGUUGACAGUAUGAUCGCUGCCCUGGAGGCGACAAAACAGGAAAUAUUUUAUGACGUAGAAAAGAAAGCAAACGAAACUCUCCAGCUUUUGGUAACUAAACAGCGCGAGAUGGAAAGUCAAGUAGCAGAGAUUGAGACAGCAAUAGAGAAGGCUGAACAAAUUUUGAAACGAAGAACAAAUGCGGAGAUUACAAGACUAGACACCAAUACAAUCUUUCAAGGAGAAUGCAAUGAUGGAGAUCAAGUCGAAUGUGACUUUGAAAAUCUUCGCCAUUUUGUUUUCAUUCAAAAUGAAAUGUUGAUGGACAAAGUGAACUCUGGAGGAAUUGGAACAUUCAGAAGUUUUUUAAACAAGACUGUCGCACAACAAUCAAGUACCGACGGUAAAGGAAUCAAGGAGGCAACUGUUGGACUUAAAGCACACAUUGUUGUGACAACAAGAACUGCCGAUGGAGUUCAGUGCUUUGAAGAGCGUGACUUUGUAAAAGUGGAAAUCUCAGAUCGUCAAGGACGUGACUGUGCCACGGAAGUACUAGUGGAAGAUAACACAGAUGGUACUUAUAAGAUCAGCUACUUUGCCAAAGAAACAGGAACAUGUGAGGCAUCAGUGAAGGUAAAUGGAGAACACGUUCGUGGAAGCCCUUUUAAAGUUCAAGUUAAAGCCAGACAGUUCAAGCCUGUGUUGAGUUUUGGCCAAGAGGGAUCGUCGUUUGAGCCCUGGGGAGUCGCAGUGAAUGAACAAGAUGAAAUAGCAGUGACUGAUAGGGGAAACCACAGAGUGCAGAUAUUUGACAGUGACGGGACAUUCUUAAGAUCUUUUGGCCGCAAGGGUGACAAGGAGGGAGAAUUAAAUGAACCUUGUGGGAUUGCUUUUCAUGAUGGUAACAUUGUAGUCAGUGAUCGUAAUAACCAUAGAGUUCAGGUCUUCAGCGCGCAGGGUGAAUUUCUUUUCCAGUUUGGGGGCGAAGGAAAUCUUGAUCACCAGCUUAACCUUCCUCUUGGUUUGUCAGUAGACAGUGAAGGCAAUUUUAUUGUUGCUGAUCCCCGUAACAAAUCUAUUAAGGUAUUUUCUGCAAGAGGCCAUUUCCUGCACAAAAUUGGCACAGCAGGCUUUUUGAACUUUCCUUUUAAUUGCAUUCAGCACGUCGACAACCAUCUUGCUAUUGUAGUGUCAGACACUCAUGAACAUUGUCUUAAAGUGUUUAACAAAGAAAGAGUGUUUCUGGUUAAAUUUGGUAAUAGAGGGUAUGGGAAUGGGGAGUUCAAUGGUCCCCGUUGCUUAUCGGUAAACAAGGCAGGACAUCUAAUGGUCUGUGAUACAUGUAACCACAGAGUUCAGGUAUUUGAAAUGAGUGGAAAGUUUGUAACUAAAUUUGGAUGUUAUGGUAGCAAAAAAGGAGAGUUUGAUUUGCCAGUUUCUACGGCAGUCCUUAGCGAUGGUAAAAUAGUAGUAUCUGACUUCCGUAAUAACCGGGUCCAGGUGUUUGAAUAA